GCAAUGACUGACCAAAGGAGAGAGAUCUGCCACUGAAUUGCAGAUUGUGAAGAAGGGAGUGCAAACAAAAUCUGUGCUCGUUUUUGUGUCCCCAGUCAGCAGCAGUGAUACAAGUGGUUGAAAUGUGAGUUUGAAGGGCAGUGUCAUGCGUGCCAGACAACGCCAAACUCUUCAGAAGCCAUGAUUUCCUUGGGGGACCAGCCACUAAAGAAUAGCCGUGCAAACUGGUGUGCUUCACUGGCUGAGUAGUUAGAGGGGGCUGGGAAACUGUCAACGUAAAGUUUUGUUUGAGGAGCACAGGCUGAAAUAUUUUCUCACUCCAGGACUGUCAUCGCAUCAGACCGGCCAAAGGGUUUCCAGCUUUUGUUGGACUUGCAGGUAUGAGGUGACUCCUUAGAUCCUGGGGUACAUGGUCAGCACACGAGGAGACUGAAACACAGCAUGCAGUACGCAAGCAAAAUGUUCAACCAAACAAAACACAAAUCAAGAACUACACACACCUGGGGAGUGUGGGCCAUUUACAUGUUCUUAGCUGUGAACCUCUCUGAAGAGCAAGUGCUGCAGCAGGCUUGUCCUUCAUGCGAUGCCACUCAGAUUUGCAACUGCUCUUCCAUGGAUUUGGACUUCAUUCCCACGGGGCUCACAGCCAAAAUCACGGUGUUAAACUUGGCCCACAACAGGAUCAAGCACAUCCGAUCCCAGGACCUGCAGCAGGCUGUGAACCUGAGAGCCCUGCUGCUGCAGUCCAACAAAAUCAGCUCAAUGGACAAGGACUCGUUUCGCUCCCUCGGGAAACUGGAGCUCUUGGACUUAUCAAAUAACAGCUUGACUCACUUGUCCCCUGCGUGGUUUGGGCACCUUUUUUCGCUCCAGCACCUCCACCUUCAAGGCAAUUCCUACAGAGACCUGGGGGAAAGCUCCCCCUUUUCUAGCCUGAGAAACCUGAGCUCUCUCCACCUGGGCAACCCGCAGUUCUCCACGAUAAGGCAAGGGAACUUUGAGGGCAUUGAGCUUCUCGACAAGUUGUGGAUUGAUGGUGGCAAUCUCAUUCAGUACGAGCCGGGAAGUUUGAAACUGAUUAAGAAGGUAAACCACAUGAUCAUAAACAUAAGAAAUACUAGUGUAUUCUCUACAAUUGUCAGGGACCUUCUCCACUCCGUUGUUUGGUUAGAAGUGAGAGAGAUCAAAGUAGAGAUUGAAAAUAAAAGCUUGGUAGAAAACUCUACACUUCCUUUUAGGAUGCAAAAGCUUACAUUUAAAGAUGCUUCAUUCACAGAUCAAUAUGUUAGCCGAUUACUAGUAUUACUGAAGGAAAUCACAACUCUACAAGAGUUAGAGGUGAUUGAUUGUGUGCUUGAGGGGAAAGGAGACUGGAAUUCUAAAGAAAUUCAAAGUGGUGGGCAAAGUUUUGUUGAAAGAAUAUCAGUAAUAAAUAUAACAAUUCAGACCUUUUAUUUGUUUAUGGACUUGGAAGGUAUAGAGUCACAAAUAAACAAACUGAAAUCACUCACCAUUGCAAGCGCUAAAGUUUUCAUGGUACCAUGCAAACUUGCAAAACAUUUUUCAUCACUUCAGUAUCUGGACUUUCAUGAUAAUUUGCUUGUAAACAAUCGCUUAAAUGAGACAAUCUGUAAAGAUGCUUGGCCUUCAUUGCAAACUUUAAAUCUAAAUCAAAACUCUCUAAAAUCUCUGAAACAAACUGCAGAUUCUGUAGCUCGUCUACCCAAACUGAUUCAUCUUGACAUUAGCCAAAAUAAUUUUGGUGCUAUUCCAGAUGUGUGUGAAUGGCCAAAAACCCUGAAAUAUUUAAACCUUUCCAGCACUCAGAUUCCUAAACUAACAACUUGCAUUCCCCUGACGCUGGAAGUUUUGGACGUCAGCUCUAACAACCUGAAGGAGUUUGGACUGCAGCUCCCAUUUCUCAGAGAGCUGUACCUUGCAAAAAACCAGCUGAAGACCUUGCCUGGUGCCGCACCCAUUCCUAACCUCGUGGCCAUGUCAGUCAGAAGAAACAAGCUCAACAGUUUCUCCAGGGAAGAGUUUGAGUCCUUCAAGAAGAUGGAGCUGCUGGAUGCCAGCGACAACAACUACAUCUGGGUCCUCCCCGUCCUCGUGGCCGUCGGCUACAAGUACCACGCGGUCUGGUACAUGAGAAUGACGUGGGCAUGGCUGCAAGCCAAGCGGAAGCCCAAGCGAGCCCCCGCAAAGGACAUCUGCUAUGACGCCUUUGUCUCCUACAGCGAGAACGAUUCUGACUGGGUGGAAAACAUAAUGGUGCGGGAGCUGGAGCAGGCCUGCCCCCCCUUUCGGCUCUGCCUCCAUAAGCGGGACUUUGUGCCCGGGAAGUGGAUCGUGGACAACAUCAUUGACUCCAUGGAGAAGAGCCACAAAACACUCUUUGUGCUGUCCGAGCACUUUGUGCGGAGCGAGUGGUGCAAAUACGAGCUGGACUUCUCGCACUUCCGCCUCUUUGACGAGAACAACGAUGCGGCGAUUCUCAUCCUCCUGGAGCCCAUCCAGAGCAAAGCGAUUCCCAAGAGGUUCUGCAAGCUGCGGAAGAUCAUGAACACAAAGACCUACCUGGAGUGGCCUCUUGAAGAAGAGCAGCAGGAGAUGUUUUGGGAAAACUUGAAAGGAGCCUUGAAGUCAUAGAAGUCAGCAGCCCCCAUUUCAGCAUAUUUCCACAAAUCGUAUAUGUCUGUUUUUCCUGCUAAGAGUUGGGGGUUUUUUGUUGUUAUUUUUCUGCCUAAAGACAACUGGCUUUGUUUUGUGUAGAAAUAAUUAUCAUCUUAUUAAAUGAGAAAGUCUCACUUUACGCUUUCCAGUGAUUUUAUACUCUCAUCUUCCAAAUCUCUGCCAGUGACUAUGAUAUCUGGAAGCCAUGUUGGACUUUAUAUACUUUUCUAAAUACAUUUAGCUUGAAUGUAGGGUAUUUCUGUACUUUUUCCUCCUGUUACCCCAUCCCCAACUAGUUCCUAACAACGCCGUUGUAAUUUAGA